AUGUCUUCAAUUUCUUCGCUGGGACACCUAACCAGGGAGAGGAUAAUCCUCCUCCGAAUCUGCCCCAGCAACGUGCAAUUCGAGCGAGAUCGGAGGAUGAAGGACACCGCCGGCACCAUCGUCACAGACGACACCACCGGCACCGAUCACGCAGUCGACGAGAUCGACGUGAACCUGACCAAGAACUGGAAACCCCUUAUCGGCGGUCUCCUCAUCAUGUACAGGCUUCGCCUCCUCGGCCUGAUGUCCCUCUUCAGGGCAAAAUCGGUGCCCAAAGGUGCCCAAGGAAAGAGGUCGGAAAAACCCGGCGAGCCUGGCAAACCUUCGAACUUUGUCCCGCCUGUUCAAAAAACGGCGGACGAAAUGUUGGAUGAGGAGAUUCGAAAAUCGAAUGCUCAGUCGUCCACUUUUGAACAAGAAGCCCAGGAUUUGGAUCAGCCCUUCAUUGAUGCUUUUUAUGCCACAGGGAGCGAGCUGAUCCAACAAAGUGGCAUGGCUGAGAGCCAUGAGACUUUUGAGUCCAAAGACCCUCUCACGCCUUUUCUUGCCUAUGUGUUGUUUCUUUUGCAUUAUCGCAACAAUUUGUUUCCGGAUUCCUGGAUGAUUUUCAAGCAUACCGAGAUGCGAGAAAUUCGCGAUCGGAAGCGAGCCACUGUUGCAUACUGCAAGCCCUGGUCUUCCAUUUCCAACAGUGACGUUGAUGGCGUGUGCCUGGAGCUUUUGGGGCUCUUUCAAGAAGCUCCGCCGCCUCUAUCGAUGAACAACGGUAUUUUCCGUACAUUUGCUAAAGCUUUGAUUUCUGCCAAGCUCAAAGUGGGCAAUCAUUUCAAGCCCACAGCAAAGAGCUAUCAUAUGGCCAGCUGCAAUAGCAAGUUGUACUUGUUUGAGGUUCAGUCUUUUCCUGGACCUGAGCCCGUAGGGCAAACAAGCCUGGCAUGGGCCCAUUGCUCUGAUAUCCCAGGCUCCUGCGGAAUAUUAGCAGCUGGCCGAGUGAUUCGGACAGCUGCUUACACUCUUGGCCUCAGAGAUGAUCAGGAGUCAAUGUCUUUUUUUGGUCGGUGCCACACCAAUCCUUCGUGGACCGAGAAUUUCAUCGAAUGGGCUGCCAACCUCAAUUGGAGCACCAAGAACUCCUCAGGCAUUGUGUUCGGCGGUUUUUUAAGUGGACAGUUCAUCAAAAGUCCAUCAGCCAACACUAUCCUUGAGAACUCCAUGUGCCGGCUUCACCCAGCCGUGCACUCAAUUUCAAAGGAUAAAAGAUGGGCCAUCAGAGAGUCAGCUGCCCGCAUCGAUUUCAUUAUUGUUGUGGCAGAUCAAGACUCUGCUGAUUUUCCCGCUCCAGCGAUGCUUCCGAUGAUUGCUGACCGAAUCAGCCAAAGAAGCAUUCAGGAUACUGAAGCUUGGGGAGGAUGGGCUGGAUAA